CACUCUCGAAAACAGGAGGAAUUCGAUCCGCCGGCCGGUUGUUGGGUUGGGUCGCAGCAGCCAGCAGCCAGCUGCGCCGGCCGCGAGGUUGCGCACGCACGUUAUCCCCGCGCGACCGAGCGCGGCGGGCGGCAAGGGCCGAAGAAUGCCCCGCGCCCCGCGCCUCCCGUCGCGUCGGCUCGCGCUCGCGCAGGCCGCCACGAUUUCCUUGGCCGCCGCCAGCCAUCCCGGGCAUCCAGCCGCGCGCGCCGUGUCGCCUUGUGCGUGCCUAUAUAGAUGUCCAUCCAUUCAUCUCUCUCUCUCUCUCUCUCUCUCUCUGCUCUCUCCGUGCGGCGCUAAUUUCAGCUCGAUCGUGGUGUCAUCGAUUUAUAGCAGUAAAAACAUCGUGCUGCACCGCUACCUUGCCACGCCUCUCUCUCUUUCUCUCUCGCGCGCGAGAGCCCGCCGGCCGGCAACAAUGAAGAAGGAGGAGGAUGACCUCGAGUCGCCGCUGCUGGCCGACAUCAAAGAGCCUGCGCCGGCGCCGGCGCCGGCGGACGGCAGCACCAAGGGCUGCACGUACGCGCUCGUCUGCGCGCUCCUCGCCUCCGUCACCUCCAUCAUCUACGGCUACAACCGCGGGGUGAUGAGCGGCGCGCAGAAGUUCAUCCAGGCGGACGUGGGCGUGACGGACGCGCAGCUGGAGGUGCUCAUCGGCGCCACCAGCGUCUACUCCCUGCUCGGCUCGCUGGCGGCGGGGUGGGCGUGCGACCGCGCGGGCAGGCGCCGCACCGUCGCGCUCUCCGCCGCGCUCUUCCUCGCGGGCUCCGCCGUCACCGCCGCCGCCGACGGGUACGCCGCGCUCAUGGCGGGCCAGCUCGUCGCCGGCGUCGCGUGCGGGUUCGGACUCGUCGUCGCGCCCGUCUACAUCGCCGAGAUCUCGCCAGCCGACGCUCGCGGAUUCCUCUCCUCCAUUCCCGAGAUCGCCGGCAACUCGGGCAUCCUGCUGAGCUACAUCGCCGACUUCGCGCUCGCCGGCCUGCCCACGCAACUCAACUGGCGCCUGAUGAUCGGCAUCGGCGCCGUCCCUCCUCUAUUCCUGUCGGCCGCCGCCACGUUCGCCAUGCCGGAGACCCCGCGCUGGCUCGUCCUCCACGGCCACCGCGACGAGGCCCGCCGCGUGCUGGCGCGCACGGUGGGGGACGCGGACCGCCGGCUCCAGGAGAUCGUGACGUCCGUGCGGGAGGCGACGAAGCAGGCAGCUGGCGGCUCCGGCGGCGGCACGGCGCCGCCGCCGUCGACGAGCGUGUGGCGCGAGAUCCUGCUGCGGCCGACGCCCGCCGUCCGGCGCGUGAUGCUGGCCAUCCUGGGUCUGCAGGUGUUCCAGCAGGCGUGCGGCGUGGCGGCCAUGGUGCUGUACGCCCCGCGCGUGUUCAGCCACGUCGGGAUCACCUCCGAGCGCGCCGUGCUGGGCGCCACGGUGCUCCUCGGCGCCGCCAAGACGGCGGCAAUCGUGGUCCCGCUGUUCCUCGCCGACCGCCUCGGCCGACGGCCCAUGCUGCUCGCCAGUGCGGGCGGCAUGGCCGCGUCGCUCCUGGUGCUCGGCCUGUCCAUGUCCAUGUCCAUGUCCAUGAGCGGCGGCGCCACGACGACGGCCGCCGCGACGACGUGCGUCGCGGCGGCCGUGGCGUACAUGGCGACGUUCUCGCUGGGGUUCGGCCCGGUGAUCUGGAUGUACGGGUCGGAGAUCCUGCCGCUGCGGCUGCGCGCGCAGGGGACUGGCGUCGGGACGGCGGUGAACCGGGUGAUGAGCGCCGUCGUGGGGAUGACCUUCAUCUCCAUGUACGAGGCGGUGGGCAUGGCCGGCACCUUCUACAUCUUCGCGGCGCUGUCCGCGGCGGCGUGGGUGUUCGUCUACGCCUGCCUGCCGGAGACCAAGGGGAGGAGCCUCGAGGAGAUGGAGGCGCUCUUCGACGCCGGUGCCGCGCCGUCGACACGGGCGGCGUUGUCGUCGUGACGUUCCAGACAGACAGCGAGUACACAGAUAUGCAUCGUGUCCACGUGCGGAACAAGCACGUGAAGUUGUCAGGUGUGUAGUGUCGUGACACUGGUUAAAGUGUUAAACGCAAAGGUUAGAUCGGGGCUAGUGUAAUUGUUGCUAGCAAUUAAUGAUUCCGUCGUUGAUGUAUAAUCUUGUCCUAGCUAGUACAUGGAAUGAUUUAUAUUGGUUAUUCCAAGCGCACAGCACAUGUUCCUCUGAUAUUUUCGGUCAGCAACGACUGCCCAGAUCAGGGGAAGAUGAGAUAUUUCCGGGAUGGAAAUUUGGAAUUAUGGAACGGCUAUGGCGAUUAUGACAAUAAAA